AUGGAGAGAAUUUUUACAAGGACGUGGAGAUCGUCGUGGAUAGGCGUGUCGAUGUCGUCGGAGAGACGGUUGAGGUUGCCGGCGGACCAGCGGAGGGUGACUGUUCUGGUGAACAUGGACCACAAUGCCAAGAGAAGAAUGGCAGCUAAGGCCCAGAACUUGUACCUGCCUUUCCCGAAGAGAGAGGAAUCGGAGGUGUCCUUCUUCAACAAGCUGCCCGUCGCCGUCGAUGUUGGAAGAGAAUCGUCAUCCUUCAUUUCGAUUCUGCUCCGAUCCGGAUGCUGGAAAUUUUCUCUGGCUCCAACCGAAUCGAUCUCAAAUGGAAAGUGUCAGUAUCGGAGUUUGCCCAGAAACUCGAACCCAAAUCCUCCGGCGCCACCAAACAGCAAGGAGGAGGAGGAGGAAAUUAGAUACACACAGCGGCGCCGCCGACACCCACCGGACGGUUAG